AUGCAGAAAGCAGCAACAAUGUUAUAAAAGAUUAAACAUCUGAAAACUACGAAAAUGCUAGAGUACCUGAUCCUCAUUUAUCUGAGGUAGGUAAAAAAUAGGCAGAAGCAUGCGCAAGAUAUCUAAAAAAGAAAGGCAUAAAACCAAAUAUUGGUAAAUUAAUAUUACAAAAAAGAUUAUAUCAGCAGAGAAAACAUAAUUAAAUUGUCAAAAAUAGUAUUUUCAAGCUGCUUUUCUAGAGCAUUAGACACUGCGAAAUAUAUACAAGAUGAAUUUAAUUGCAAAGCCUAAAUUUUCAGAGAACUACAUGAGAUAGGAGGGUUACAAUAUAAAGGAAAAGGGUUUAGAGGAGAAGGAAGAAAAUAUUUCCAAGAGAAAUAUCCCUCAUUUGUUAUUGAUGAAAGCAUAAAAGAAGAUGGUUGGUUUUUUCAUGAGAAAAAAGAAACAAAUGAGUAGGCAUAUGAUAGAAUUAAAAAGGUAUUGAUGCAAAUUAUAGAAAUAAGCCAUAAAUAUUACGAGGAAAAUUAAAAUGGUGCUAGGCCUGAUUUUAUAUUUAUUACACAUGGAAAUUUUUUAGAUAUGGCUGUUGGUUAGCUUUUAUUUAGAUAGCAGGGUAUAGAAACAUUUAUUUAGCAUAAUAAUACUGGCAUUACUGCUUUUGAUCUCACUGAAAAAGAUAGAUAUCUAAUAAAAUAUUUAAAUGAGUCUAAUCAUUUGGAAGAAUUGAAUAUAGAAACAAACGAAAUGGAAAAAUCUGUUACAAAAAUAGAAAAUCUAACCUUAAAAACUCAUCAAUCUCAACCCUUAAUAAAAAAUCACAGCUAAUAAAAUUAUUGA